UCUUCUUCCGUUCACUCUAUGUCGCAAACUGGUGUCGACUUUGCGGUUGCUGUCAAGCAAGAGGCUGCCUACCUUCGUCUAGUACAUCCAACUCCGGAUGAUAUUCCCUCCUGCUUUAGUUUGAUGGAGCUCGCAAUGGGCUGUCACGGCAUUCGUUCGCAGGUGAAAUCUUGGUACCGAUACGGCGAAUCCUCACGGUGCGCGCAUAAGCACGAUGACUUCAAGUUCUGCCUUAGCAUGAAAUGGAUGGAGAGCGACCAGCGGUACGAAGCAUGGAUUAAUAGACGGGCGGAGUGGUGGGCGAAGAGAAGGCUGGAUAAGAGUAGCGAGGAUGUAUGGGCUAUGCGAACGGAGCCUCGAAAGUCAUUCCCCCGGCCUGUUACAGACGACGAGAUACGACAAGUCUUAGAAAACACCGAAGAGACACUCAUGUAAUUGGCUAGACUUCUGUUUUUUCCCUUGACUUUCUCUACUUUUACAUGUAAGGCGCGCGGCUCGUUGUCAGCAAUGAACAAGUCGUGCGCUUUGAGCUGCUUAACUUUCUGUGAAACUCAUCAAUAUAUAUUACAAUGAAC